GUCCUUGGAUUCUGAUAAUGAUCUUUGCUUGGCUGGAUGGAAGAGAAAAAGAAAGGUAGGUAUGUCUGUAGAAACUAGCCUAUUGUACAAAGGUAAAAAUUUGGCCUCUGGCCUGACCCACCACUGGCCUGUGGCUCCUGGAAGACAGCCCAUAAGGAAAGUGGUCCCAGGGCUGGAUUAACCAACAUUACCCAUGUUAGUUGCUACCGUAAUGCUAACAUGCAUAAUGUUCUCCACCCGCCCCACACUAGAGGGACCAAAUGAUCCAACUUUAUAUUACAUUUUUAUGAACGUUAUUGCCACCAUUGUUUUAACAUAAUGUGUGUUUGUUAUGCAGGACAGUUACUGCCUGUUUUCACACGGGGUUUUUUGCGCUGAGUCUGUGAAUAUAAUAUCACUCCUGAAGCUGCCUGCCCAGAGGCUGGGAUUGAAUUGCUUUGUAACGGCGCAUCCUUUCUCUGCUUCAUAAAAGUAGCAGAAGUUUCAUGGAAUGAGAAGAAAGUGAGCUAUAAAGGGAUGGUCUAAAACAUUGCUUCCCAGAAGCAGUGGUUCACAGACCAUGAGCCACCAGCUGCUGGUCCACAGUGACUCCACCACAACACAGUUGGGUGGGACACUUAAAGGACAAAAUCUGGCACACUGACUGGUGGGGAGUGCCACUCUGCCACAUCAGAUAGUUUGAGAUGCACAGGUGUAAAAGUCCCUGUUGUUAAAGGAGAAGGAAGUCUUUCAGGCCCAGAUGGCCAGAUCUGUGUUCUCACCCUACAGGUCAACUUUUACCAGUGUGCAGAGCUACCCACCUGUCAGUAAUGUGGCAUAAUAAUGAUAGGCGAGUGAGAUGGUUAGUCCCACCCACUGAGUGUGGGGAGGGAUCUGCUUCACCUAGUGAUGGCUGAUUGACAGGUGGUUGUAGUUUGGGGGGAAACAGGCUUGUGGGCCAACAUUCGCCUGUAGAGUGCGGACUGGAGAUUCUCCAUCCCUGAUAGUUCAUCUCACUUGUAGGAUGCACAGACACAUGUCAACUUGGGUAACGGAGACCUCUGUGUGUUGCAUGUACAGGCAGUGUCAUUGGCCCAAGCCAUAAAAUAGGCAGAAUGGAGGGGAAACCAAGUCCCUGUCAAAUCUGAUCCUGUGUGUGGGAGGGGAUUCCUUCUAAAAUGGGUAACCUUUUGUUCUUGAUAAUUGAUUGUGACAGUUCUCACAUUUGGUUGUAGACUUCUCUGAGCAAGUUGUAGACUUCUCCCUGAGCCCAGGCCUGUGUAUGUGGUGGCUUUUUCCUCAAAGCUACCCUGUGAGGUUUGGAGCAAGAGUCGACAUGCCCAUGGCCUCUGGGUGAAUUUCAGGACUAGGAAUUUGAACCCAGGUUUUGCUAGGCCACGUGUGGCAUUAUAGUACAUGGGUGUGGAAUUCAGAAUCGCUCUUGACACAGUUGCACACGGACCUCCAUUUCCUUCCACCAAAUUACAGCAAAGUCAUCAGCACUGGGUAGCCUCCAUGCUGAAGAUAUUUCUGCACCAAGAAAAGGUAUUUCUGCACUAAGAAUACAUGUAGUGUUCUAGUCCUGCCCCCAUGCUCCUACCAGACUUACUUGGAUGGCCACCUCUCUGGUUUCCAAGACCAGCUGCCAUUGGUUGCAUGAUUUUAAGAAUGCCUUCGCAAGGGAAACUUUUUUUAAAAAAAACUUUUUAUUAAAGAUUAAGCCCAGCUGCUGGGGGUCCUGUGUUCAUGCCGAGUAAACAUAUUCCGUGUUUCCGGGCAAGUAUUACAUACAACUAGCCUUGUAUUUGGCCAAAGUGUGGAUUAUGUCCUAAAGUAAUACUUCUGGGUCAGCAACUGCUUCUAAUCUUAAUCACUCAUUCACUGGUUCAGUGCAAAUGUAUGCAAGAGAAAACCCAUGAAUUGGCUCAGCAACUCCAGACUGCUAUGCUGCCUGUGUGUCAUUUAUGGCCUAAAUCAACACCACCCCACCCCCAUUUUUCUUGCAGGAGUGUAGGAAGUUGUUUUGUACGGAGUCAGACCAUUGGUUCAUUCAGCUCAGUAUUGUCUAUACCUGUGAUGGGGAAUCUGUAGCCAUCCAGAUGAACUACCAAGACAUGUUGGCUGUGCUGCCUGGGGUUUUUAGAGUUAGUGCAGCAUCCAGAGGGCCACAGGUUCAUAAUCUCUAUAGUCUACUGCAGUUUGCCAGGGUUUUUGAGAUUGUGUGUGUGGGGUGUGUGUGUGUGUGUGUGUGCUUUCCCAGCUGCAGCAAAGAGCCAUUGCUCAGUAAUAGAGCAUCUGCUUUGCAUGCAGAAGGUUCUCUGGUUCAAUCCCAGGUUUCUCCAAGUAAGGCUGAGAGAAGGCUUCUGCCUGAAACCCUAGAGAGCUGCAACCACUCAGUGUAAAUGGUUCUGAGCGAGAUUGACAAAUAGCCUGCCUUGGUAUAAGGCAGCUUCCUGGAGAUGACUGGACCUGCUGCAGGCAGCUCAUGCUUGACCUUUGAGCUGGAGCCCUUUCCCAGAUUCCAAGGAAUCUGACUUACUGUCCCUUCUCCUUUUCUCCAAAAAAGUGAAUUGAUUUGUCUGUCCGGACUUAAGAACACAAAAGGAAUCCAUGUCCCCUUUAGUCCACCCUGCAAAGCCAGAAAUGGGAUCCCUCUAUGUGAUGCCCCUUCUCCUGGCAUUUGAGGGGGUCAUUAGACCCACAAAGUCACAUUGGUGCUGAGCCACUCUGCUGUUACCACUGGGGCUGCAGGCAGUGUGCUAGCCCAUUCAAACAGGAAUUAUUACUGUUUAGUUUAUUACCUGCACUUUACUCUUAAGAUCCCAGGGUGGGUUACAAACUCUUGCAGUACAACCUUAAAAACAGCUUUAAAAAUUUGCAAUUACAAAACACGCAGUCACAUAAAGGUAGACUUACAUCUUGGGUGGCAAAGGCCAAGGUAAAGAGACUUGCUGUCAGCAUUGUCUGAAAGCUGUCGUGAUGUUGCUAGAUGCAUCUAUGUAGGGAGGGAGUUGCACAAUUUAGGGGCUGCCACAGAGAAGGCACUCUGGAGCCAUACAGCCUGAGCUUCUGAGGGUGGUGAAGCUAGUCUCCCACCUUGAUCAUCUUAACACCUGAAAUAGUCUGUUGGGAAGGAGGUAGUUGAGGCUUAAGACUUUUACGACUUUAAACACUAACCCGAUCACCUUGAAUUAGACCCGGAAAUGAACUGGCAAGCAAUGCAGCUGUUUUAAAUGGAUUAUAUUUGUGGCAGCUGCCUUUUGAACCACUUGGAAGUUUUCACAUCAUUUGCAAGGCCAGCUCCACUGAGAGCACAUUGUAAUAAUCCAUUCCAAUCCUCCCAGUUGCCCCCAGCUAUUGUGCCAGUAGAGUUGUAGAACUCAAAAAGCCGUAGGGGAGGUUAGAGUUUUCAGCUAAGCUGACAUGAGUAAUCCUUGACAGACAUCUCCAAGUAGGGGUGGAAAUAACUAUUUUCACUCCUCUUUAUAAAUCCCAAACUGGCCUGCAAAUUCUCACCACUUGGCCAGACAAUUGUGUUUACCUACAGACUGCCCCAAAAGGGGACUUGUAUUCUCCAAGAUGGUUUACUACAACUCCCAUCAGCCGGAGGAAUAUGCUGCUGUGCAUACUGGGACUGAUGGGAGCAAAAAGUCCAAAAAGCAGCCAUUUAUGUUGAUAGGAUUUGUACUUCAAGCACCACCUUGUGGGCAGCUGUCAAAAUACAUUAACUAGGACUCUUCUGAUACCAUUUAUCCUACAAAUGUUAGCUGGAAGUACUUGGUCUGGUGCAACAAGUUGUUUCAUUUGCUGCUUGAAAUGGAAGUUGUGAAUAAACAAAACCCUUUGCAUUAAAACAAAAAUACCAAACUUGUUCCCUGGAGAAGAGCCUUAUCUUGGUAGCGCCCCUGCUUUGCAAGGAGAAGGUACCUGGUACCUUCUAACCCAUGGCAUCUCCAGAGAGGGCUGUGAAGGACCUCUGCCGGAAAUCCUGCAGAACAACUCUCACUGGAUAGCACUGAGUUUGGACCAGUGGUCUGACUGCAAUGGUCUCAUCAAUCAGUGGUAGAGCCACCUGUAUUGCAGGCAGGUCUCCUGUCCAGUCCCUUGCAUUUCCAGCUAAAUGCUGGUCUAAAAGAAAGAAGACCUGUUCCCUGGAAAGCUGGUCUGAUAUAGACCAGCAAUCUCCAUUUUUAAACCUUCCUUGGACUGCUUGAAGAUUGCUGUGCCUGCAGCAGAUCCCCGAACAAACUAUUUUGCUUUGCACAGGAAAGCACUUAAUAUAUUUCAAUAACUUAAGUUUCCAAUUUAAUGGAUGUGUCUGUUUUUGAAAGUUGUUCAAUAUUGGAUUUAGUGACAUUUGAUGCUUAGGUUGUUCUCCCUAUCGGACUUGAUGAAUUUUCUCUUUCAAAUGUCCUCUCCCCACCCCCCAAACAAUAAAUCCAAUUUUAUGGGUUGACUAGGAUCCUGUACAGAUAAUUGGCACACGUUUUGUAAAUUCAUGUACUUUUCAAGUGACAGCAGUGGAAACGAACAGAGGUGCCUCCAUCAGUUACACUACAAUAGAGGUGGGGGGGCCCUUUCCAGCCCCAAAUCCACAUUCCCUUGUGGUGGGAGCCACAUGGCAGUGGAGGGGGUGGCUGGAGCUAAAAGUGGGGGCAACUCAUUCGAUGCAUGCAAGCAAGGGUUUCCUUACAUUUCAGUGGCAUAGUGCAGCCAGGCAAAGCCAUGAGGGAUGUGGCCUAUACCUCCCAGGAGACAUAUAAAGGGGCCUGGAGGAACACAUCUGACUCUGGGCUUGAUGAUUCUAGGCCCUGAGGCAGCCAUAAACUAUGACAGCUUUGUUUUUCACACCUCAGUUUCAUCAUGUGCUACAGCUGCUGCCCACUUGAUGUCCAGCUCUGAUUCUAUGAGCCGAUGCUUCACCUUUUCUUUUUUUUGCCACUGACACGUGCCCCUCAGAAGGGUCUAGGUUGAGAAAGUUUCCCCACUGCUUGCCUAAGAUCUCCUGUGAGUUCAGAGCUUUGAGACGAGAUCUAUUUUUUAAAAUACUGCCCUUUGAUUAAAAUUAAUUCCAGGGGGAAGGUUUUGUAAGAUGAAAUUAAGCAAUAACAAAAAAUUGACUAAAACAAUUGCAAAGCAAUUGAGGACAACAGUGGGAAGCCCCAUUGUAAUUACAGCACAAGGAAAAACAAAGCUGAAAUGAUUAUGAUGCUGCUAUAUUUUUGAUUUUACUAACAGGGCAAUUUGUAGCCACAUUGAUUAGUGCACUGGGGGCUCAGCUCCAGAAUCCUUCCUUUUGCAAAUGAUAUUCCCAGCCCUGUCGCCCCAUUGGCUCGCUGCAGUCUCCCUAGGCGACAAGAGGCCGUGUCAGGCCUAAUGGAACAUUCCCCACGUGGCUCAUUGGCUUCAGGCGUCACCAGGGGCAACAGGACAACACGGAGCCUCAGCAAGGCUUUGCAGUUUUCUCGUAGUAGGUGAGCAUCCCCAGUGAGCCUGGGGACUUUCCUGGCUGGGGGAAUCCUCUUUGUGGAGUUCUCUUGGACCCGUGGUUGGCCUGAAGAGCUACUGGCACCAUGUCUCACCCUGGUAUCCUCCUGACCAAGGAGCCGGCUCCUCAGACCAUCCCCGUUUGUGAGCUGCCCAUGAAGGUCUACGAGCCGGCACUGAACACUGGCCCCGAUUCCUCCAGUGGUUUGGCUACUGCUGGCUUCCGCACGGCCAAGUACCUGCCUGAGGAAUGGCACCAGCACAACUACGCCCGGUACCACGAGGCCUUUGCUGACCGCGACCACUCCGAGCGAGUCCGCCUCGAGUCCCAGAACGUGGCCGCCUUCACGGCGGAGCUGGCCCAGCGCACCCAGGAGGACUCCACCGUUAAGGUAGGCGAACGCCUCCAGGACAUCCACUUCUGGAAGUCAGAGCUCCAGAGGGAGAUUGAGGACCUCACGGAGGAGACGAACCUGCUGGCAGCCCAGAAGCUGCGCCUGGAGAGGGCCCUCGACGCUACUGAGAUCCCGUACAGCAUCGCCACAGACAACCUGCAGUGCCGUGAGCGCCGGCAGCCUCCCGAUCUGGUGAGGGACCAGGUGGAGGUGGAGUUGCUCAAGGAAGCUGAGCUCAUCAGAAACAUCCAGGAGCUACUGAAACGAACUCUGAAGCAAGCUAUUAACCAGAUACAAUUAAAUCGCGAUCACAAGGAGAUCUGUGAAAUGGACUGGUCUGACAAAGUUGAAACUUACAACAUUGACGAGAAAUGUGGGAGGUACAAUAACCAGAGCACGAACAUCCAGUUCCAUCCAAGCACAUCAAGGUUUGAGGACAGUGCUUCCACGCCCGAGACGUGGGCCAAGCACAGCCACGACAACAUCUACCGGGCCGAGCGAGAGAAGCUGGCGUCCAUCAAUCUCCGUGCCCUGAUCGACAACAUCCUCCGCGACACAGCUGAGGACCUCCGCAUGCAGUGCAACCGGGUGAACGACGCCUUUGCCCAGCAGUUGGAGGUGCUGGAGGAUGCCAAGCACAAACUGGAGCACCACCUGAAGAAAACUCUUAAGGAAAUUGGCGAUCAAGAGCACAACAUUGAAGCUCUCAAGCAGGCUAUUAAAGACAAGGAAACUCCACUCAAGGUAGCUCAGACGAGGCUCUAUGACCGUUCAUUCAGGCCCAAUGUGGAUCUCUGCAGAGAUGCUGCCCAGUUUAGGCUGGUCAGUGAAAUUGAAGAACUGACAGCAUCCAUUGAGGCUCUCAAGAAGAAGCUUCUGGAGUCAGAGCAGGCUCUGCGCAACCUCGAAGACUCUCGGAUGAAUCUCGAGAAGGAGAUUGCCGUGAAGGCCAACAGCAUCUUUAUUGACAGGCAGAAAUGCAUGGCCCAUCGAUCGCGAUACCCUACCAUCCUUAGACUAGCAGGCUAUCAGUAGCCAUUGCUGCCUCCGGUAGAGGAGAGUGACCCACUUGCCUCGACUGACGAGAAAUUCAGUUGCAUAGGAAUGUGAACUUCUCUUCCCUCCCCCAGUUUUUGGUUUGUGUUGAAAUAAAAUGAAGACAUUUUGCCAGGA